AUGUCCUACUUCACGUCUUAUGAAGGAAGAAUUGUCACAUUUGGAGACAGUAGCACCUCUAGCGUCAUUACUAAGGGCUCUAUAAGUGCUCCUAGUCUUCCAAAAUUGGAUAAUGUGUUGCUUGUUGAUGUUGUAGAUGACACAAGUUCUCCAAUAGCAUCCUUACAUGACGAGGAAGAAGGUAAUUCUCAACCUACCAAGGUUCUGUCUUGUGGUAUUUUGUGGUUACGGUUGAUUUUUCUUGUCUUGCAGAUCAAAAAUCUUGCCGCUGAUGUAUGUCUAGAUAGAGCUGUUGUUCUCCAAUUACUACGUGACCCCCCUCCAAGUCUUUUAUUGAUGAGUGCUGCUUUACCUGAUAAACCCAUUUCAGUAAUCUCGGAGCCGGAAAGUAAACCCCUAGAAGAAGUUUCAUCUGAAACAGCAGCAGAUGUGGCACAACCUGAAGCCAUGGUGAAUCUGCCAGUUCAUGUCAUGCAAAAAAGUUGGUCUGCUCGGAAAAGAUUGAAGAAAGUGCAAGUUGAAACCCUAGAACGAGUUUUUGACCGAACAAAGCGGCCCACUAAUGCCAUGAUUAGUAGCAUUGUGCAUGUGACAAAUCUUCCUCGCAAAAAAGUCGUGAAGUGGUUUGAAGACAAACGUGCUGAACAUGGGGUUCCUGACCAUCGCCUCCCAUACCAACGGUCUGCUCCUGAAACUGUAUUUAACUCUUAAAAAAAUAUGUUGUAGUGUGUGUUCUUAACUGUUUUGCAAUGUACCUGUAGAGUAUGUUUCAUAUUUAUUUCACUUCUUCAUUUCUUUAAGUUGAUUUAUUAGACUCACUGUUCAUGGACCUAUUAAAACCAAUAAAUUAAGUGGUAGCAGUGUAUAAUUAGGCUCAUGUAUCGAAUCUGCUUGAUUGACUUCCACUACAGUUUUCAAAACUUUUGUC